AUAGCCAUGCGCCAUCGCCGCACACGCGUCGGAUAAAAAGUAAGGGACAAGUCCUUACUUACUAACAACUCCUCUAUCAUUUCUCAUUGCUGGAGGGGUUGCCCCAAUUUUAUGAUGAGUGCUUUCGGCAUGUCACGAGACGGAAAAAAAACAUUUGGAACUCUCGGAAGGGGCAGAACAAUAGCUCAUUUUAGAGAACGGCCCACAGAAGCGGAUAUCACAGAACUACUUUUGAAAUGCGUUCGAAUUUCCUCUGAUCCACACAAGGAGGAAGAACAACCCCCCACAACACCCUGCUUCAGUGUCAUGUUAAUCGUAUUGCAGUCAAAGCAAUGUAGUAUUUUCUUUAUUCUCAGAGCUGGAAUUUACGCUAAUUAAGUUCAGAAUCAAAUGGUAUUUGUUGGCUUUUUUGUACAGUCGUUGGUGACUGGGCUGAGGCCGUAAACUCACUCCAUGUAAGUGUUGGUGACGAUGGGGCCUUAUAUAGAAGGUGGAUGGAGGGAUUUUGUUUUGGGGAAUCUUCAUCUUAUGAAAUGUCGAUCAAGAAAAAAAAGUAAACUCACUUGGCUCAAGAUAUCAUCCUAUAAUACAUUCCAUCAUUGGCUUUUCGUGGUGAUAGGACUGAUAUGCUUGUGGCUAAUGUUGGGAAGAACAUUCGGUUUGUAGAAUACUGUACUUCACAACUGGUGCGAAGGACUUCAGAUAUAAAGUCUUCUCCGGCAUUUCCGAACCCAAAUGACAUGUUUUUCUUCUUAUAUUGAGAAUUGUAUGACCACUAUUCAAUAUAAGACAAGCAGCCUGCAUUGAUUUCAUUAGCAAAUGUAGCCUUUGUCCAUUCUGCUGAUUAAGAACCAGUUUUUUUUCCAGUUGUCUCUGCAAUGAAGACAAUGCGUUUGCUUCCCAGGUAUUCAUGGGCUUAAGGCGACAACAAAGUUCAUUGCAGGCCCUUUCUGUUACCGCACUCGGUUGCAUGCAACUGUAUUCAGAAUUGGCAAUGUUAAAGCUUGUGCCUCAUUAAAAAAAUGUGUAUUAUUAGUGUGAGAAGCAUCAACACAAAGUGUUAGACGUUUGUUAGCGUCCUUGUUUAAUGCCUCAUUACUCCUGGCACCCCUGCGGAAAAUGGUACGACCCAAACUAAUUACGCUACAGUGCAUCCCAUCGGCAAGGCUGCUGAUUCAACCAAAGUGUGGGGGGUGUUUCGUGCGAUUUGUACAACCCGAGCGAUGUAAGCAGUGUGGAUGGGCCAUCCUCCCCUGCUGUGUUGUGUAGAGCCGGUCUAAGCGAGCUGGAAGCUCCAGGAACUGGUUGACUACAGCAAACAAAAAAAGCCAAGCAUGUCGGGUUCCAAUCUGGUGAGGAUCGGACGCAGAGCCAUGGAUCAGCAACGUGACUUCACGGUGGCCUCCCCGGCUGAGUUCGUCACUCGGUUCGGGGGAAACCGCGUCGUCGAGAAGGUUCUCAUCGCCAACAACGGCAUCGCGGCGGUGAAGUGCAUGCGCUCGAUUCGCCGCUGGGCCUACGAGAUGUUCCGCAAUGAGCGCGCCAUCCGCUUCGUCGUCAUGGUUACGCCCGAGGACCUCAAGGCCAAUGCAGAAUACAUUAAGAUGGCCGACCAGUACGUGCCCGUGCCGGGCGGUUCAAACAACAACAACUACGCCAACGUGGAGCUUAUCCUGGACAUCGCACGCCGUAUCCCUGUGCAGGCGGUGUGGGCUGGAUGGGGCCACGCUUCAGAGAACUGUAAACUUCCAGAGCUCUUGAACAAGCAUGGCAUUGCAUUUUUGGGGCCGCCCAGCUCAGCCAUGUGGGCUCUGGGAGACAAGGUGGCAUCGUCUAUCGUGGCCCAGACUGCCGGCAUUCCGACCUUGCCUUGGACUGGCAGUGGACUCACCGUGGACUCGCCCGUGGUGGAGGAGGGGCAGGGGCCCAGGGUGCUGAGCGUCCCGCGGGAGGUGUUUGAGAAGGGCUGCGUGCGGGACCUCGAGGAAGCCCUGCAGUCAGCUGAGAAGAUUGGCUACCCGGUCAUGAUAAAGGCAUCCGAGGGCGGCGGAGGAAAGGGCAUUCGCAAGGCCGGCAGCCAGGAGGACUUCCCUCUCCUCUACCGUCAGGUGCAAGCGGAGGUGCCGGGCUCGCCGAUCUUCGUGAUGGCGCUGGCAGACCACACGCGCCACCUCGAGGUGCAGAUCCUCGCCGACGCCUACGGCAACGCCAUUUCGCUGUUCGGCCGCGACUGCUCGAUUCAGCGGCGCCACCAGAAGAUUGUGGAGGAGGCGCCUGUCACCGUGGCUCCGCCAUACAUCCUGGAGGUCAUGGAGCAGUGCGCAGUGAAGCUGGCCAAGAUGGUGGGCUACGUGAGCGCCGGCACGGUGGAGUACCUUUACGGCCAGGACGGCAGCUUCCACUUCCUGGAGUUAAACCCUCGCCUCCAGGUGGAGCACCCGUGCACCGAGAUGGUGGCCGACGUCAACUUGCCGGCCGCUCAGCUGCAGAUCGCCAUGGGCAUUCCGCUUCACCGCAUCAAGGACAUCCGCCUGCUGUAUGGGGAGGCCCCGUGGGGGGUCUCCCCCCUCGACUUCAACAACCCCAACAGCGGGCCCAGCCCCCGCGGGCACGUCAUCGCUGCCCGCAUCACCUGCGAGAACCCGGAAGAGGGCUUCAAGCCAAGCGCCGGGACGGUGCAGGAGCUGAACUUCCGCAGCAGCAAGAACGUGUGGGGCUACUUCAGCGUGGCGGCGUCGGGCGGCCUCCACGAGUUUGCCGACUCGCAGUUUGGCCACUGCUUCUCGUGGGGCGAGAACCGCGAGGAGGCCGUCUCGAACAUGGUGAUGGCUCUUAAGGAGCUCUCGAUUCGUGGAGACUUCCGCACAACGGUGGAGUACCUCAUCCGUGUGCUGGAGACGGAGAGCUUCCAGCAGAACUCCAUCGACACGGGAUGGCUCGACAAGCUCAUAUCGGAGAAAGUGCAGGCCGAGCGCCCAGACACCAUGCUGGGCGUUGCGUGCGGAGCUCUGCACGUAGCUGAGGCGGCGUUCAUGACGUCCACGUCCGACUUCCUGCACGCGCUCGAGAGGGGACAGGUGCUGCCGGCGCACACCUUCUCCAACACGAUCCCCGUGGAGCUCAUUUACGAUGGGGUCAAGUACGCGCUGCAGGUCUCCCGGCAGUCCCCCACGACGUACGUGAUCAUCAUGAACGGCUCAUCCGUCGAGGUGGACGCCCACCGGCUGAGCGACGGCGGCCUCCUCCUGUCCUACGCGGGCAGCAGCCACACCACCUACAUGAAGGAGGAGAUCGGCAGAUUCCGCGUGACCAUCGGGAACAAGACGUGCGUGUUUGAGAAGGAGAACGACCCGUCCGUGCUAAGGGCGCCCUCCGCUGGAAAGCUCAUGCACUACUUGCUGGAGGACGGGGGCCAUGCCAUCGCUGGGCAAUGCUACGCCGAGAUGGAGGUGAUGAAGAUGGUAAUGACGCUGACGGUGCCCCAGGGCGGCUGCGUGCACCAUGUGAAGCGCCCGGGCACAGUGCUCGAGGUCGGCUGUGUGGUGGCCCGGCUGCAGCUCGACAAUCCCUCCAGCGUCCCCCAGGCCGAGCUGUGCGUGAGCCUGCUCCCGCAACAGCAGUCGCUGCCCCUGAGAGGAGGCAAGCAGCACCAGGUUUACCACACCAUCCUGGAGAACCUCCUCAACGUCAUGCACGGCUACUGCCUACCUGAGCCGUUCUUCAGCUCCAAGGUGAAGGGCUGGGUGGAGGUGCUGAUGAUGACCCUGAGGGACCCUUCCCUGCCACUGCUGGAGCUCCAGGAGCUCAUGACGAGCAUCGCCGGGCGCAUCCCCUCGCCGGUGGAGAAUGCCAUCCGCCGGGAGAUGGCGCAGUACGCCAGCAACAUCACCUCGGUGCUCUGCCAGUUCCCCAGCCAGCAGAUCGCCAACACCCUGGACAGCCACGCGGCGACGCUGCAGCGCAAAGCCGACCGGGAGGUCUUCUUCAUGAACGUGCAGGGCAUCCUGGUCCUGGUCCAGCGGUAUCGCAGUGGCACCCGGGGCCACAUGAAGACAGUGCUGCUGGACCUGCUGCGCGAGUAUCUCAAGGUGGAGACCCAGUUUCAGCAAGGGCACUAUGACAAGUGCGUGAUUGCUCUGCGGGAGACGCACAAGGGAGACAUGACGUCGGUGCUCAAGCUCAUCUUUUCGCAUGCUCAAGUGGCCAAGAAGAACAUCCUGGUCACAAUGCUCAUUGACCAGCUGUGUGGCCGAGACCCGACGCUGACGGAGGAGCUCACCAACAUCCUCAACGAGCUCACGCAGCUCAACAAGACCACCAAUGCUCGCGUUGCGCUACGCGCCCGACAGGUGCUCAUUGCCUGCCACCUGCCAUCCUAUGAGCUGCGGCACAACCAAGUGGAGUCCAUCUUCCUGUCGGCCAUCGACAUGUACGGCCACCAGUUCUGUCCUGAAAACCUGAAGAAACUCAUCAUGUCUGAGACGUCUAUCUUUGACGUGCUUCCAAACUUCUUUUAUCACAGCAACCAGGUCGUCCGCAUGGCUGCCCUGGAGGUGUACGUGCGGCGGGCGUACAUCGCCUACGAGCUCAACAGCCUUCAGCACCACCAGCUGAAGGACAGCUCCUGCAUUGUGGAGUUUCAGUUUAUGCUGCCCUCCUCUCACCCCAACAGAGGGAGCAGUGCCUGCAAGCAUGGCAGGAUGUCGGCCAUCGCCGCCAACCAGUCGCACUACACGGACGUGAUCCGCACUGUGGGCUCUCAGGAGGUCAUCACCGACGCGUCCUACACGCCGCCCUGCCAACGCAUGGGCGCCAUGCUGGCCUUUGACAACUUGGAUCAACUCGUGCAGAACUUCGACGAAGUGCUGCAGUGCUUUUCCAACUGGCCGUCCGAAGGAUCUUCGUUGACAGAUGCUGGCUGCAGCACACUCUACCACGACGACAGCAAAGGCGUUCCAGAGGACCCCAUCAACAUCAUCAACGUGGCCCUGUGGAUGGAGGACAACGGGGUGGAUGAGAGCCUGGCUGAUCGCUUUCACAGACUCAUCCAAUCCAAGAGAUCCAUGCUGCGUGACCACGGGAUCAGGCGUCUUACCUUCCUCGUGUCACAAAAGAGGGAAUUUCCAAAGUUCUUCACCUUCAGAGCAAGAGACAAGUUCGAGGAGGACCGUAUUUACCGGCACCUGGAGCCGGCGCUCGCCUUCCAGCUGGAGCUGAACCGCAUGCGAAAUUUUGACCUGCGAGCCAUGCACUGCGCCAACCACCGCAUGCAGCUCUACCUGGGCUCCGCGCGUGUCGAGGAGGGGGCAGAGGUCACGGACCACCGCUUCUUCGUGCGCGCCAUCAUGCGCCACUCCGACCUCGUCACCAAGGAGGCGUCGUUCGAGUACCUCCAGAACGAGGGAGAGCGGCUUCUCCUGGAGGCCAUGGACGAGCUGGAGGUGGCCUUCGACAACACGGCCGUGCGCACCGAUGCAAACCACAUCUUCCUCAACUUCGUGCCCACCGUCAUCAUGGACCCGUGCAAGAUCGAGGAGUCUGUGCGCAGCAUGGUGAUGCGCUACGGGAGCCGCCUGUGGAAGCUGCGCGUGCUCCAGGCCGAGCUGAAGAUCAACAUCCGCCUGACGCCCACGGGCCACGCCAUCCCCAUCCGCCUCUUCCUCACCAACGAGUCCGGCUAUUACCUGGACAUCAGCCUGUACAAAGAGGUCACUGAGCCCCACACGAGCCAGAUCAUGUUCCAUUCAUAUGGAGACAAACACGGCCCCCUGCAUGGCAUGCUCGUCAGCACGCCCUACGUCACCAAGGACCUCCUCCAGUCCAAGCGCUUCCAGGCCCAGAGCCUGGGCACCACAUACGUCUACGACUUUCCCGAGAUGUUCCGGCAGGCCUUGCUGAAGAUGUGGAAGACUGAGUGGAAGGAGACCUGCCCCAACGACCUGAUGACGUGCACGGAGCUGGUGCUCGACAGCCAGGGACAGCUGGUGCACAUGAACAGGCUUCCCGGCGGAAAUCAGAUCGGGAUGGUGGCGUGGAAGAUGACGCUGAAGACGCUAGAGUACCCGGCGGGCCGCGACGUCGUGCUCAUCGCCAACGACGUGACGCACCUCAUCGGCUCAUUCGGCCCGGAGGAGGACCGCCUGCUGCUGUGCGCGUCGGAGCUGGCGCGGUCGCUCGGCGUGCCGCGCCUCUACAUCGCCGCCAACAGCGGAGCGCGCCUGGGCCUCGCCGAGGAAAUCCGCCACAUGUUCAACGUGGCCUGGGUCGACCCCAAAGAUCCCUACAAGGGCUUUAAGUAUCUGUAUCUGACGCCACAGGACUACAAGCGCGUGAGCGCGCUCAACUCUGUGCACUGCGAGCACAUUGAGGAUGAAGGGCAGUCGAGGUACAAGAUCACGGACAUCAUCGGCAAGGAGGAGGGGCUCGGGGUGGAGAGCCUGCGCGGGUCAGGGACCAUCGCCGGAGAGACGUCGCUCGCCUACGAGCAGAUCGUCACCAUCAGCCUGGUGACGUGCAGGGCCAUAGGCAUCGGUGCCUACUUGGUGCGGUUGGGCCAAAGGGUGAUUCAGGUGGAGAAUUCGCACAUCAUCCUCACGGGAGCCAGUGCCCUCAACAAGGUGCUGGGGAGAGAGGUGUACAGUUCAAACAACCAGCUCGGUGGCAUCCAGAUCAUGCACAACAAUGGAGUGACACACGCCAUUGUGCCCGAUGACUUUGAAGGGGUCUACACCAUCCUGCAGUGGCUCUCCUACAUCCCCAAGGACAACCAGAGCAUGGUCCCCAUCACGACGCCAGUGGACCCCGUGGAGCGGGACGUGGAGUUUGUCCCAAGCAAGGCGCCCUAUGACCCCCGCUGGAUGCUGGCCGGGAGGCCUCACCCAAGCAACUCGGAGGAAUGGCAGAGCGGGUUCUUUGAUCACGGCUCGUUCAUGGAGAUCUUGCAGCCGUGGGCUCAGACGGUGGUGGUGGGGCGGGCAAGGCUGGGUGGGAUACCGCUCGGAGUCGUUGCCGUGGAGACGAGGAGUGUUGAGCUCGGAAUUCCAGCCGACCCUGCAAACCCAGAAUCCGAGGCACAGAUCAUUCAACAAGCCGGGCAGGUGUGGUUCCCAGACUCCGCCUUCAAGACGGCCCAAGCGAUUCGUGACUUCAGUCGUGAGGGGCUGCCCCUCAUGGUGUUCGCAAACUGGCGCGGCUUCUCCGGGGGAAUGAAAGACAUGUACGACCAGGUGCUGAAGUUUGGCGCGUACAUCGUGGACGGCCUGCGCGAGUACCGGCAGCCCGUGCUCGUCUACAUCCCCCCGCACGCCGAGCUGCGCGGCGGCUCCUGGGUCGUCAUCGACCCCACCAUCAACUCGCGCCACAUGGAGAUGUACGCCGACCCCGAGAGCCGAGGUGGCGUGCUCGAGCCGGAAGGGACUGUGGAGAUCAAGUUCCGACGGAAGGACCUGGUAAAGGCGAUGCGCCGAAUCGACCUCGACUACAUCAAGCUGGCCGAGCAGCUCGCCACGCCCGAGCUGAGUGCUGAGAGCCGAAAGCUUCUGGUGAUGAAACUGAAGGAGAGGGAGGAGUUCCUGCUGCCCAUAUACCACCAGGUGGCCGUGCGCUUUGCCGAUCUGCACGACACGCCCGGGCGCAUGCAGGAGAAGGGCGCCAUCAUGGACAUCAUCGAGUGGCGCACUUCCCGCUCCUUCUUCUACUGGCGCCUACGGCGGCUGCUCCUGGAGGACGCUGGCAAGCGACGCGUCCUGGCGGCCAAUCCGGCGCUCGGGCCGUCCGUGAGCCCCAGCGCGGGGAACUCGCCGGGCCCCGGGCACGUGCAGUCCAUGCUGCGCCGCUGGUUCGUCGAGACCGAGGGCACGGUCAAGGCCUACCUGUGGGACAACAACCAGGCAGUGGUGCAGUGGCUGGAGAAGCAUCUCAAGCCGGAGGAGGGCGUCCGCUCGGUGAUCGAGGAGAACAUCAAGUACAUCAAGCGCGACCACGUCAUGCAGCAGAUCAGGAACCUCGUGCAAGAGAACCCAGAGGUGGCCAUGGACUGCAUCGUGCACAUGACGCAGCAUAUGACCCCGGCGCAGAGGGCGGAAGUGUCGCGGAUUCUGGCGAGCGUCAAUAGUGGCGCUCCACCUUGAGCCCAUGAGAAAACGGCGAGCAGAAAGGGAAAGAGCGAUGGAGAGAGAGAGAGAGAGAGCAGCACGUGCCUGAAGAGAGAGAGAUCAGCGGUUGAUGCACUCCGUUUCUACGGCUCGCCCAUGCACGUGUAUUUUGCGAGUUUGCCUGGCAAUCUGUAUAAAAGGGGCAGUCAGAGGUUUUUCACAGUGAGGUAACGUGAUCCACAAAACAAUUGCACUACAGUACUGUGAUGUUCACUUGAAGUUGAACGGUGCAACUUUUCUGUGAUAGUGUUGCGGGAAAAAAAUAUAUUUUGUCCACGUCACUUUGUUUAUAAAGGGAUGAGGCAACGCCGGAGAAACCAAGUUGCGCGUGGCUUUGCAAGAUGCAACUUUGUUCAUGACCCCUUUGAUAUUUGUUGUUGUUGUUGUAGCACCCGUAAUGGUGUGCUGUGAUUGGCUGAAUUUUGUCUCGUGAUUUCGUCAUAGAAAGGUAAACAUUCCAACGUGGCAGAUUUCUUUUUUUUGUAUUAAUUUCAACUUUGAGGUGUUUCAGAAAAUUGUAAUAAUGUCUUUAAGAUGGUAAAUAAUCGACUAAUUUCCCUCAUGUUCACCAUGAAAAAUGCCUCUUGCUUUGAUUUGUAGGCUGCAGACCCACAGUUCCUUGCCUAGAUCCCUUGUAAGGUGACUGGACUGGGGAUCCAGGCAGCAGAGGAGGGCUGUGGGGUCAGGCCUCGGGCCUUUGAACCCUCUACUGUAUUGAUGAUCAAAGAGAUGGGUAUUGAUUGAUUUUAAUUCUUCAAUAUUUUUUCACGUCAGCUGCAUAGCCAUAUCCACAAUUUUUCAGUGUUCAGAAUGGGUUAUGUUGGAACGAGUGUAGAAUGUUUUUUCAGGAAAAGUGCACCGUUUAGCUUCAGUUGUGAGCUUAUUGUAAAACUAUAUCCAACUGCAAGUAAUAUCAUGUGAUUGAUGCAUUUAUCAGAAACUUAUAUUUAAAAUACUAUAAAAACUGAGUACUUGUUUUCAAAACUGCUGAUUGCCCCCUCGUAUGUGUGCGUGUGUAACAAUACCUUUGUACAUUUCAUCAUGUGACCAGUCGCAUACAGAAGUGAACCUCAGGGUAACUUGUAAAGAUUGAACUUUUAUAGCAGUACUGGUCUUCGUAUUUCCAUCCUGUGGUUCAUGGAUGAAGGGCCAUGAGACGUUUUGGUGGUUAUUGGAAUUGAAAAAUGUGAAUCUGAUGCGACGUGCAUCCAGCAAGGAGUGACUGCAAUACACGGUGCAGCCAAACGUAACGUGUUGGUCCUGAGCUCGGCCCUGGAUGCAGCACGGUUGGCUAUGUGCGGUGCAAACUAAGUUCAACAUACAUGUGCUGUCGCAGGGUCGGUUUAACCGGCAAACUGCGGACCAACCAUCUCGUGUUGUCCUUUGAAAUAAGACCAGGAUGUCAACCUUGCAGUGUGAUGCUUUUUUUUUUAUUUAACGCGAUCGCCUAUUGAUGUUAAAAUUCGCCGUUGGGCAUUGCCUCCUUGUUCAACUUGUUCACCUCCUGCAAUGCUCUCUAAAUCCUCCGCACGAUGACCUUUGUGAGCCAGGCCUCGGCGGUUCAGGAGACACGAGGCGCUGUCGGAGAACCUGCAGCGGUUGGCAUUCAUGCCAGCUGAGGGCUUCGUAUUGAGUGAUGCUUUUUGCCGUGGGGACAUGCUUCUCUUUUGAGAUGCACAAACUGACUUGAGAGUUAACUAAGAAUCCAAGCUGUAGCGAUCACCGUUAGUGCCUGCCUUGUUUAGUUUCUCUCGCAUCACUACAUUGUCGAUGUUAUUUAUUCCCCUUUGUGAACUCCAAGAGGGCCAGUUUGGCGCGUGUUCUGCGCGUGUGCGAAAGAGACUCGGGAGUGCCCUUUAGAGAGUAUUUUUUUUAAUUUCCAUUCGUAACGAGUACAACUCUCGAACGUGUAGCAGCAGUGUACCUCUUCGCGUGAUAAGGUGUGGGGCGGGGGAGGGGAAUCUGUCGGUUUUGGAAACUUGAAAUGAGAAAAACCAAAUGACCGGAGAGUGUUUAAAUGUUUGUGAAUAUAUUUAAAUGUGAUACAAUUGUAUUUGCAAUUGCCAGUUUUUAAGCCGUGGAACUUUAGCCCAAAGACACGUUUGGAUGGUGCAGGACACUGAACUGGGUACCUCAAUGACAUGGAUUUUAUUCUAGUUUCUAGAUUCUAUGCCUGGUAAGGGGCCUCCCUUAGGUGCACUUGGUCUGAAAUUACUUCAGCGCUGCUGGCUGAAUAUUAAAGACGGCUGGAUUUGGGAGUGACCAUCUGCGUACGUCUGGCCGAGACUGAAAGUGCACCCUUUGCAGUAUUUUUGUUUCACUCGUGGCUUGUUAGAUUGUUCAGUGUGUUUUUCUGUCUUGUUUUAAGUAAAAAAAAAAUCCCGAUGGUAGCGGAAAAACGUGGCUUCCUAUAGGUGCAAUAUAAUGUUGUCGUGUCUUAUAUUUUGCACGUCAUCUCUCCCCCCCCCCCCACCCCUCCUAGAAAAAAAACCCGUUACGAAAUUAUGGUAUCAGCAACUGCUCGAGUCCACGAAAUAAAAAAAAAAGCCUAUUGUUGUUGCGUUCUGUAA